CGCGCAGUCCGAUCCCGACUAUCAGGAAUUCAACGCGUUCGUCCCCGAUCGCCGCGCGUUCGUGAAGGCCUCAAAGCUAACGCUUGAGGUUUGAAUUGCAUGUUCGGGACGCUCCCGCGAAAAAGCGAAGGCGACCUGCCCCAAACGUCGGUGAGAGAAGCAGUCGCGGCGCGAAGGCGUGAAAUGGCAGCCGCCGCAACGCACUCUCGCGUUGUGAGAAGCGACGGCGAUCUCGACGACGAGGUGUGCUGGAUCUGCCUAGAGGGAAGCACCAACGAAAAAGUUGAGCUCAUUCGUCCAUGCAAGUGCCCGCGCGUGGUUCACGCGCGCUGCAUGGCGCGCUGGCAGCUCCAGUGUAGCGGAAAGGACGAAGAGGUGCACUGCAAGUUUUGCACCCAGGACCUACCCAACUGGCGCGAGACCUUGUUCCGCGACGUUAUGGACGACGACACCGAGGAGGAUCCCAGGCGCGCAUCAUCCAACGCGACGGCAGAGCAGCAGCCCAAACCCGCCCCGGACAGCGUCAACGGCGACAUCAUUGUCAAGUUUAACAACAUGAGCUUCCGGUGCAGGGUGAGGACAGGACAGGAGGGGCUCGACGAUUUCAUGAAGCAGAUCCGGGAGAAGUGCAAGAUCCCCGAGGACAAGAUGAACUGCCUGAACCUGACAUACAGGUGCAAGGACCCCAACACGGGCACGCAGAUGACGCUGGAGGGUGUCAACAACUCUGCCUUUGACGCCGCCGUGCUGUGCAGUGCUGUGCAGGAUAAGCUGAAGCAGCGCAAAUCGUCGAAGCACUCCAAGACGUCCAACCCGGGGAAGAUUUCGUCCUUCUUCAGCCGGAGCUCAACCUCAUCCUCGUCCUCAUCCUCGUCGUCGGGACGCGACGUGAGCCCGGACCCGGAGAGGAGGUCCGGGGGUAUGUUCCACCGCCCCCGCCGCGUCAGCGCUCCGCCGCCAGAGACGGAGUCGUCGCGCGAGCGCGAUCAGAACAGGAGGAGGUCCAACAUGUUCGGCGCGCCGGAAAACGAGAUAUCGCGGGAGAGGGAUCAGACGAGGAGGAGGUCUAGCCGCUUCAUGCCCUCGUUCAUGUCCUCCUUCGUCUCGCUCUGACGCGACGGUGAAACUGCACUCACGGAACAGAACAGAGGACACGGCACCCCGCGACGGGACAUGUAUCAUCAACGCAGUGAAGACAGCGAAUCUCCUUCCAGUAACAUCGAGCGACGCGCGCGCGAUCCUCGCGUUUUAACUUUAUGUAAUGUUAUGUUAGCAUGAGAG